UCCCGGGCGCCCAAGCUGACGGAGGUGCGCGGCGAUUUGAAAUUCCGGGACCUUCUGCUCCGGCUCGUCGUCCGCCAGGCUUCAGCGAAGCAGUCCCGCCGGCGAAGAAGAUCUUGGCAGCAGGAGUACGUGUGACAGCUUUGCCCAGCGAAGGCUAUCCUGCGGACAUGUGCACAACCAUUUUGCACUGGUAGUCGGGAGCAACAUCCCUGACCUCCAGGGCACAGUCCUCGAGACAAGGUCUCCACGCCUCUCCUGGAGGCAUUAGGGUGUCCAAGAAGCAUAGGAAUCCCAGGACCAUGGCUAAUAAAACCCAGGAGGUUGGUGGCAUCCAUUUCCCUUUUCCCUUCACACCGUAUUCCAUCCAGAAAGACUUCAUGGCAGAGCUGUAUCGGGUGUUGGAGGCUGGCAAGAUUGGAAUAUUUGAGAGUCCGACCGGCACUGGAAAAUCUUUAAGUCUUAUUUGUGGGGCUCUUUCCUGGCUCCGUGACUUUGAGCAGAGAAAACAUCAGGAAGAGGCACGUCUCCUUGAAACUGGAACUGUCCCCUUGAGUGAUGGGAAGGAGCAGCCCCUGACUCUCUCAUCCUCCUGCAAAGAGACCCCAGACACCCCGAGGCCUGCAGGAGAGCCUGACUGGGUGACUCAGUUUGUGCAGAAGAAAGAAGAAAGGGACCUGGUGGACCGUCUGAAGGAGGAACAUGUCAGGAGGAAGAAGCGAGAGGAGCGCCUGCGGCAGAUUCGGCACAAUGCGCAGCUCAAGUAUGCAGCCAAGCGUGUGAGACAAGAGGAAGAAGAGAUGGAGCGUCUCCUCUGCCUCAGCAGGGAGAUGCUAGCGGCGGGAGCAGAGGCCGAGCCUCAGGAGCCACUGGUGUCUGGGGAGGAGGAGCUGGUCCUCGCCGAGUAUGAGAGUGAUGAGGAGAAGGGAGCAGCUCGUGGAGUGGACGAGGAUGAGGAUGACCCAGAGGAAGAACAUGUAACUAAGAUUUACUACUGCAGUCGGACACACUCCCAGCUGGCUCAGUUUGUGCACGAGGUACGGAGGAGCCCCUUUGGCAAGGACACCCGGCUCGUCACCCUCGGCUCUCGGCAGAAUCUUUGUAUAAAUGAUGAUGUGAAGACCCUGGGUUCUGCACAGCUCAUCAAUGACCGCUGCAUGGAGAUGCAGAGAAGCAAACACGAGAGGAACAGAGCUGAGGAAGAGAAGCCCAAGAGGAGAAGGCAGGAGCACCGGGCCGCAUGCCCCUUCUAUGGCUACGAGCAGCUGCAGCUCCUCCGAGACCAGGUCCUGGUGGGGGUGAAGGACAUUGAGCAGUUGGUGGCACUGGGGAAGGAGGCUCGGGCCUGUCCCUAUUACGGGAGCCGGUUUGCCAUUCCAGCAGCCCAGCUCGUGGUGCUGCCCUACCAGAUGCUGCUGCACGCGGCCACCCGCCAGGCUGCGGGCAUCCGGCUACAGGGCCAGGUGGUGCUCAUCGAUGAGGCACACAACCUGAUCGACACCAUCACGGGCAUCCACAGUGCAGAGGUCAGCGGUUCUCAGCUCUGCCAGGCCCAUUCCCAGUUGCUCCAGUAUAUGGAACGAUAUGGGAAGCGUCUGAAGGCCAAGAACUUGAUGUACAUCAAACAGAUCCUGUAUCUGUUGGAGAAGUUUGUGACUGUGUUGGGUGGGAACAUUAAGCAAAAUCCCAACACACAGAGCCUUUCACAGACAGGGACAGAGCUGAAGACCAUCAAUGACUUCCUCUUUGAGAGCCAGAUUGACAACAUCAACCUGUUCAAGGUGCGGCGCUACUGUGAGAGGAGCAUGAUCAGCAGAAAGCUCUUCGGCUUCACAGAAAGGUAUGGCGCAGUCCUCACACCCUCCAGGGAGCAGCCCAGACUGGCUGGGUUCCAGCACUUCCUGCAGACCCUGCAGCCCACAGUGACCGAGACUCCUGUGAGCCCUGUGGAGGAGGGCGAGGCCAGGCUGCCACGGCCAGCUUCCCCGCUGAUGCACAUCGAAUCCUUCUUAGCAGCCCUCACCACUGCCAACCAGGAUGGCAGGGUCAUCCUGAGCCGCCAAGGAAGUCUUUGUCAGAGUAGCCUCAAAUUCUUGCUCCUGAAUCCAGCCGUACACUUUGCCCAGGUGGUGAAGGAAUGCCGGGCCUUGGUCAUCGCGGGGGGCACUAUGCAGCCGGUGUCUGACUUCCGGGAGCAGCUGCUGGCCUGUGCUGGGGUGGAAGCUGAGCGAGUGGUGGAGUUUUCCUGUGCCCCUUGUUUUCAGCCCCUCCCUGGGGUCUCUGCAGGUCAUGUGAUCCCACCAGACAAUAUCUUGCCCCUGGUCAUCUGCAGCGGCCCCUCCAGCCAGCAGCUGGAGUUCACAUACCAGAAGAGAGAGCUGCCACAGAUGAUGGAGGAGACUGGUCGCAUUCUCUGUAACCUGUGCACUGUGGUCCCUGGAGGGGUGGUCUGUUUCUUCCCCUCCUAUGAGUACCAACGCCAGGUCUAUGCCCACUGGGAUAAGAGUGGGCUGCUCGCCCGCCUGGCUGUCAGGAAAAAGAUAUUUCAGGAACCCAAGAAAGCAAACCAGGUGGAACAGGUGCUGGCGGAGUAUUCCAGGUGCAUUAAGUGUUGUGACCAGGCGGGAGGCACGGUGACAGGUGCACUGCUCCUCUCUGUGGUUGGAGGAAAGAUGAGUGAAGGUAUUAACUUCUCUGACAACCUUGGCCGCCUCGUGUUCCUCGGCCCUAGGUGCGUGGUUAUGGUAGGCAUGCCCUACCCAAACAUCAGGUCACCAGAGCUGCAGGAGAAGAUGGCCUACCUGGACCAGACCCUACCCAGAGGCCCAGGUCAGCCACCACCAGGGAAGGCUUUGGUGGAGAAUCUGUGUAUGAAGGCUGUCAACCAAUCUAUAGGCAGGGCCAUUAGGCACCAGAAGGAUUUUGCCAGCAUAGUGCUUCUGGAUCAGCGGUAUGCCCGCCCACCUAUCCUGGGAAAGCUGCCAGCCUGGAUCCGAGACCGUGUAGAGGUCAAAGCCACCUUUGGUCCUGCCUUUGCUGCUAUGAGGAAGUUUCAUCGUGAGAAGUCUGUCCCUUCCUGAUGGAUGGCCCACCACUGCCCAGAUGCCAGCUUCUUCCUUCCAGCUGCUCACGUGAAAUGUUUGCCUCAUGCCUGCUUUGUGGGGAUUCAGGCUAAGAAGGUGAAGCCCAGCUGGAGACCAGACCAGCCCCUUUCUUGAAUCAGUGGGCUGCCAGGACUAGGCACAGGUGGAAAAGCCAGUAAGAGAACAUCAGGUCGAUCCUGAAGAAACCGUGGGUCCUGGCCAUCCUGGGACCCAUCCCAGGGCAGUCUGGCUCCCUGGAAUUGAAUGUCCAUUCACCGUGGUCCAGAGUCCAGCUCUCUGCCCUGCUUUGCGGCCAGUCUUCCACUGCAGCAUCUCUGUCCUCCCUUUGGUGUCCAUUCUCUCACAGGUGAGGUGGAACAUGCCCUCUAGGCUUUCCCUUUUCUGGCUACAAUUUGUUGUUCUAGACCUUCACCUUCUUUUCAAAACCAAGAACAUUCCCCACUUCCAGCCCCAGGUCCCUGGAGUCCAUAGGGCUCCUUCUGCCCAGGGCCCUCUGACCACCUCAAUCCUACCACCUUUCUCGGUGUUACGAAGAACUGGGAAGAGCCCUGUGCCGAUUCCCCCACCUGCUGGUCUCUCUGGCCCCUAACCUGUCCCACCGCAUGUCUAGCUCCCUUGGCCUGGCUCCAUGUCCUCCUCCCACGCCAGUGACACCUCCGAGACAUUUUUCCCUGUGUGAAAAUCUCCUUCCCUCCAUCCGCAACAGCCAGCCCUGUUGACAGCACCUCUCUGCUGUUCCUGACCCAGAGGAAGGGCCCUCAGUUCACCCAGGGCUCUGCCCCCACCCGAUGCCUGAGCCCAGGGGUAGAGGGAGGACAGGUGCCAGCUCAGAGGAGACGCUCGGCCCCUGCACAGCCAGGGUUCCUUAAGUAAAAGCGCGCUCUUGCUUUA